AUGGCACUCAGCUCGGGCGGCUGGGCUCCGCAGGUCUCGUUGCUCGCUUCUUCCCAGCCCGGAGCCUGCGACACCGGGGCCGGGUCGGCUCCCUCGUCGGCUUGCUGCAGCACCGUCUUAAUGUCCGUCCGCGUGUCGGUGUCCCACUCCGGUAUCCGCCCCUUGUGCCUGCCCGGAGCCGACAGCGAGGCUCUGCGCCUCCAGCUCAGCAUGGACCCGAGCCGGGCCGGAGAGUUUCGACUGGCCCUGCGGGACACCAGCGGGAACCGCAACGUGUUGGUGGAGUUCGACCUGCGCUCGGUGCACUACGAGGUGAAGUCGGCGCGCUGCCACGAGAUGCGUCUGACGGCGCCGCCCCACGACUUCAUCCGCUUCUCCUUCCGCUGCGACCGCGAGGCCGAGGAGUGGGCCACCGUGGUCACGUCGUCUCUGCGAGAGGCCCGGCGGGUUGCAAACAUGGCCGUCAACGAAGGAAGCGGCAAGCACACGCAGGCCGCCGACGCCGCGACGGAAACGUCACUGCCGCUCGCCGAGGAGCUUUGCCUGGAGCUCGUCAAGGCGGUGGAGGCAGGCGACGCCCAAGCCGCCGCCCAGCACGCGUCCGCUCUGGCCCGCCAGAAAGCGGCGCUGAGCAUCCAGCCGGCCGAGAAGAACUACGCCACCGGGGAGAUCAGUCUGUCUGUGGUGGUGGAGGAUGUCUCUUCUUCCUGUUGCUUCACCGUCAAAGUCUUCCCCUACAUGACGGUGGCUUCACUCAAACAACAGGUGUUUGUGGAGUACAGCUUUCACCCGCGCGUGCAGCGCUGGGUGAUGGGUCAGUGUCUGUGCGCAGACACUCGCUCGCUGGCCUCCUACGGCGUGCAGCGCGACGGCGACACGGCGUACCUCUACCUAAUCUCGGCGCGCCAGGCCCGCAUCACCCGACAGCUGUUCCAGCAGGACCUGGAGGGCGCCGUGUCCGCCCCGCCUCUUCUGUCCGGCAACGGGCCCGCAUCUCAAGACCGCCGGGGCUACAGCACACUGCCGCCGCGGUUACCCAACAGCAACCAGGUUGGUGGCGAUAAACCAGCUGACCUCCAGGUUGUGUUUGACAUGGAGCACCUGCAGCUGAACAACAAAGCUGCCCGAACACAGACGGAGUGGGCGUGUCCCUCAUGCACUUUCAUCAACAAGCCUUCUCGUCCGGGCUGCGAGAUCUGCGCUACGGCCAAACCCGACGCACACGCCGCCGCCGACGCCCCGCAGCAGGCAGCGCGCGGCGAGCCGGCCUCAACCAGCAGCUGACCGCCCGUCGCCGCCGUCUGCUCUCGCACUCUUCCCUCUGCCCCGCCCCCACGCGCUACGCCGGUGUUGCCAUACGUUGUCCACACACACACACACACACCACGAUGAUUGUCAAGUGCACUGAGAGUCCCGGCAGCCGAUUGGCUGCUGGAGACAUUUAAAGCACUGUAGCAUGACGCCGGAGAAGAGAGUUCGGCCAUUUUCCACAAGAUGCUUUGAGUUUAGCCACACCUCUUACUUUUUAAUUUCAUUUUUGAAAAAAAAAAAAAAAAAAAAAGAGGCCCUUAUAUUUAUUGGAGGGGAGGUGGUGACGGAAGGUGUGGGGAUCGUUAGAUUUCCGUCAGGGCAAAACUGUGAAGUUGGAGAUGAGAGGAUGUUUACUCUUUACAAAUCUAUUUUAAUGGGCGUGUUUUUUUUAAAGGAUUCAUAAUUGAUGUACAUUUUAGUAGCUGAUUUGAUUUUAUUCGAUUCCCUCAAGUUGUGACAGCGACGGAAUGAUGUUUUCAGUACAUAUUACUGUGUAAAAAGUCAAAUGACGUUAGCUGAAUAAACAAUGCAUCAUACCA